UUCAAAAAAAACUAUUCACCUCCUCUACUCUCUAUUCCUCUAAUACUCUUCCAUGGAGACGAAGAAGCCAUAGCGUGGGGUCGGAGCUGGAGCAGCCAUGGGUCGACGGCAGAUUCUGGGAGAUUCUCGGAGGUACUCACGGAGUGGCGGUGGGUCCGUCAUUGCUCUCAGCAGCACGAAACUAAAAGCAAACCCAACAUUUCGCCAAUUCAAGGUUCCACAUUCAACUUCCGUCUUCCCUCCCACUCUCAAACAUCUUUUUCAAAAGCCGCCACUCACAUCCACCGCCGCCGCCGCGACUCCUCAGAAUGCAAAUCCCGUCAAAACCAAGAAAGCCCAAACCAUUUCCGCCCUCAUCAACACCACCCCCUGGUCCGCCCAGCUCGAAGCCCGCCUCUCGCCCCUUUCCCCUCUCUCCCAGACCACCUUCUUCCAAACCCUCCGCCGCAUCAAAACCCCAUCCAAAGCCCUCCAUUUCUUCAACUGGGCCCACCGCUCGGGCUUCCCCCACAACCCCCAUUCCUACUUCAUGAUGCUCGAAAUCCUCGGCCGGGCGCGCCACCUCAAUCCGGCCCGGAACUUCCUCCUAUCGAUACCCAGCAAGUCCGGCAACGCCGUCCCUCUCACUGACAAGCUCUUCAACAGCUUGAUUCGGAGUUACGCCGACGCUGGCCUUCUCCAGGAAUCGGUCAAGGUGUUUGUGGCCAUGAAGUCGAUGGCAAUUUCGCCCUCGACUGUCACAUUCAAUAGCUUGUUCUUGAUCCUGCUGAAAAGGGGGCGGGUUGGGAAGGUCUUCCAACUGUAUGAUGAAAUGCUCAAGACGUUUGGGGUGAAGCCCGAUUCGUACACCUUCAACGUCUUGAUUCGGGGCUUUUGCAAGAACUCUAUGGUUGAUGAAGCGUUUCGAUUUUUCAGGGAAAUGGAUACAUUUGCGUGUGAGCCGGAUUUGGUGACGUACAACACGAUAGUUGAUGGAUUGUGUAGGGCUGGGAAGGUUGAUAUUGCGCGUAAUGUGAUGAAUGGUAUGCAUAAAAAAUGUGAGAGUUUGAGGCCAAAUGUGGUUAGUUACACCACUUUGAUAAGAGGGUACUGUGGGAAGGGCGAGAUUGAGGAGGCAUUGGAUGUGUUGAAGGAGAUGGUUGGUAAAGGGAUUAAGCCGAACCACAUCACUUACAACACUAUCAUUAAAGGGCUUUGUGAGGCUCAGAGGUUGGAUAUGGUGAAAGAGGUUUUAGGGGAUGAGGAUGGGGUUAGAUUUGUUCCAGAUUCAUGUACUUUUAACACAUUUUUGAGUGCACAUUGUGAUAGGGAGAGUUUUGACGAAGCAUUCAAUGUUUUUGAGAAGAUGAAGGAGCUGAAGGUCGAGCAGGAUUCAGCUACCUAUAGCAUCCUCAUUCGCGCCUUGUGCAACAAGGGGAGUUUUGACAAGGCGGAGGAGUUACUUGAUGAGGUAUACGAGCAGGAGAUUUUGUUGCGAGAUAAGAGCAGCACACCUCUUACUGCAUCAUACAAUCCGGUGUUUAAGCAUUUGUGUGCAAACGGAAAGACUAAAAAAGCUGAGAGAGUGUUUAGGCAGCUCAUGAGAAGAGGGAAGCCGGAUCCUCUUGCUUUUGAAACAUUAAUCUUGGGCCAGUGUCGAGAGGGGGCAUUUGAGGAUGGACACAAGCUCCUAAUCUUGAUGCUUAGAAGGGACUUGGUGCCUAGUAUGAAGAUUUACGAGUCACUGAUUGAUGGUUUGUUGAGAGAAGGUGAGGUAACGCUUGCUCUCGACACUUUGGAGAGGAUGUUGAGAAGCUCUCAUCUCCCAAGGACGUCUGCGUUCCAUCGUAUUCUUAUGGAGCUCAAUGGAAAGGGAUGUGCUAGUGAAUCUGCAGACUUGAUGAUGCUGAUGUUGAACAAUGAGAUAAGACCGAAUAUCAAUCUAUCGACCAAUGCAGUUUGUUUGCUGUUCAAGACUAGGAUGAAGGAGCGGGCAUUUGAGCUUGUGAAGAGUGUGUAUGAAAGGGGCUUUGUUGUGAAUAUAGGAGAUGUGAUAUCCUUCCUCUGCAAGGAUAAGCAGUUUCUGGAAGCAUCAGAGCUACUGGGGUUUAGCCUGAAAAAUGAGCAGAACGUGGAUGUGGAGGUAUGUGUUGCAGUGGUGACUGGAGUUUGUGAAGCUGGACAGCUAACGGAGGCAUUUAGCCUUUACUAUGAAUUGCUUGAGAAAGGGAUUCAGCUACCUGUGAGUUGCCUUGAAGAGUUGAGAAAUGAGUUUGAAGCUCAAGGGAAGCUCAAGGAAGCUGAAUUUGUUGCAAAGAGAUUAUUGCAUGCUAGCAACACUCUGAAUCCAGAAUCUUAUAUUUAGGGCAUGAUUGGUAGCCUAUUUAGAGCAUGUUUAAUCACUGUUGAAGCCCAUAAGCUUGUGUUUGGUGGCUUGCAAGCAAACUAGAGGAUCCAGUAAAAAGGAAACGGGUUCACGAUAGUUGUGUCAACUAGCAUGAUUUCUUUGCUAGCUCAAUCCCACCGAGGACCAGGUAUAGUGAAGAGGCAGUUUCACAAUUCUCUGGCAAAUAUUAAUCGAUUCCAUAUUUGCCCUUGUUCUCCCACUUUGAAGAGCACCGGGCGACGGGAGUUUACUCCAAAUUAGGCGUUUAUCGGGCGCUGCCGUUCAGUUGAAUUGGAGCCAGGUGAGGUUCGUGUGAAUUGUGUGUAAAUUGUGUCUGUAGCAGUUUGGUAAUCCUCUUCACCACCCUCUCCAAUGUUGAGUGCUGGGCAAAAGAAGAGGAAGGAGAUGGAUGCAGUGGUAGUGAUGAUAGAGGAACUCAAAUUGAACCCUUCUAUCGACUGCUUUUGUAGCGGGACAACUACCGUUGUUUUGAUAAAGCAAGUCUCUUUCCCCUUUGUUACAUGCUAGUUACUAUCUUUUGAAGAAACUUUAUUAACUAAUGCCAUGAUUUUUUGGUUGGAAUUCGUUACAUUCAGCUUGUUAGCUAAGGUAUGGCCUGAAGUUUCCACAUUAUUCGUAUUCAAAUCUUUGUGAUUUUUGCUUAGCAGAUUGCAAUGAUUUGUUGUGUUAUCAAUCUAUUUACAUUUUACAGACAUGUAUUCGGCUUUGUCAUUUGCAACCUAGCUUUUGGGUACUUUGAAUUCUCUUCUAGAGAUUGAUAACUUCUUUUGUGGAUUUAUUGAGAUUAAUGUCAGUAGCAUAUAGUCGUUUUCUGCCUUGCAUUGUGGGAUUAUCUGAGUUUAAUGAUGGAUCUAAUGACUUGUGAACACGAUCAUCUGGAUCUUAUGAUUGGGAAUGUUGGUGACUCCAGAGCAGUACUUGCAACCGGGACAGGGACAAUGUUUUGGCAGCUUGAAACCUAAUCUUCCAAACGAUGGAUACGCCUAGGAAGUGGGAAGGAAUAGACUUCAAAAUCCACUCAACUAGAGGUAGAGGGAAUUGGGUAACCCUACCCUAAAUUAUUGGAGAUGGAUGUUUACAUUCAAGGUCAAUAUUGGAAAACAACCAUCAUUUUGCAGCCGUGUAUGCUUUGAACCAAACAAAUGAAAGCCCAAUUCCAUGGACUUUGUAUUUUCUACCAAACACUCACAUUCUCUUGUUUAUACUUUAUAC